AUGAAGACUGUUAGACCCAUAUCUUUGCUUGUUUUCUUCAGCUACAUUAAAUGUCAGACUCUUCAGAGAAGUUUACUAGAUGCAGCCAUGCAGCACACUAAUAGCCAGAAUUAUCUAGAGGAAAACUUAAGAGCUGUCACUAGUAUUAUGAUUGCACAGUUUCUUCAGAAAUUGACUUAUGAAAAAGUACAAACCAUAGUUAAAGAAUUGCUAGAUCUUGCAGAGAAGUGCAAGAGUCUCAAGCCACAUGAAUCACCUUCAGAAUGUUGUCACCAAUUGAUGACUACCUUCCUAGAACAUAUUUGCAAUAACCAAGGGUUGGCUGACAGACAUGUAUUUUCUGACUGUUGCAAUACAAAUAACUCAGCAAGACACAAGUGCUUCCUAUCAUACAAAAAGGAUGUUGCAGGUUACAGUGAUAUAUUCCAAAUUUCAAAUCCUGAGCAGAUCUGUGAGAUGAACAAAGAGAAUCAAGUGCCAGUGAAAGAGAGGUACAUUUAUGAAACUUCUAGGAAACAUCCAUUCUUGUAUGGACCCACUAUUCUGACCAUGUCUGCUUGCUAUGAAACAGCUGUUCAGUCUUGUUGCCGAGAAGAAAAUAAGACUGAAUGCUUCCAGAUAAAGCUAGAACCCAUCAGAAAAUACGUUAGAGAAAUGUCUUCGAGGCAUCACCACUUAUGUGAGAUUGGGAUUAAAUUCAACCACAAAGUAGCAAAAGCAGUGGAAUUGGUUCUGUUGACUAAAAAACAACCUAAAGCUAACUUUUCUGAAAUUGCCAAGCUGGCCAUGGAUAUUAAAAAUCUGCAUCAGAUCUGUUGUGAAGGAAAUGCAGUAGCGUGUGUGCUUGGCAGAAGCCAGCUUAUGAACUAUACCUGCUCUAAACAGGCUACACUAUCCAGCAAGAUCACUUCAUGCUGUGAACUGCCAGAACCAUUCCGAGGGGAAUGCAUUAUCAACUCAGAAAAUGACAAAACUGAUCUCUCAUCCCUGCCACUUAGCAGGUUUACAGAAGACCAGUUUGUAUGCAAACAAUUCACUGACAAACAAGAUGACUUCCUACAAGAGUUUCUUUAUGAAUAUUCAAGAAGACAUCCAGAGUUGGCAGUUCCAGUGAUUUUAAGAGUGGAUACAGUAUAUCAAAACUUACUGGGAAAAUGCUGUAAAUUAGAAAAUCCUCUGGAAUGCUAUAGUCAUGGGGAAGAGAUGUUUCAAAGAGUGGUUCAUGAAAGCCAUGAGCAUGUGAAAAAUCAGUGUGAUUUACAUGAGAAAUUAGGAGAUAGUAACUUCCAUGACAGGCUCAUAGUCCUUUAUACUAAGAAAGCCCCACAACUGUCUGCUCAGGAGUUGGUUAUAUUCACGAAGAACAUGGCAGCUGCUGCCACCAAAUGUUGCCCACUGAAUGAUGAGCAACAGUUUUUUUGCAUGGAGAACUCGGCAAAACUAAUUCUUGGAGCUUUAUGCAGAAGACACGAAGCAGAGCCUAUCAAUGCUGGCGUGGGUCACUGUUGUGAUGAUUCGUAUGCCUUCAGGAAGCCUUGCUUUGAUGAUCUGCAAAUAGAUGGAACUUACAUUUCUCCACAUUUAUCCUGUGACCAAGUCGUCAACCUUAAUGUGGACUUGUGCAGAGCUCAGGAGGAGGAAUUACAAACCGAAAAGCAAAAACUCCUCAGCAACCUUGUGAAGCAGGAACCAUAUGCAGCAGAGAUGCAGUUCCAAUCAGUUAUUGUGGAUUUUGCUCACCUGGUGGAGAUGUGCUGUCAAGCAGAGAAAAGUGAAAUGUGUCUCCAAGAAGAGGGGUCCAAACUGAUCAAAAAGUGCCAGUCUCUUUUGGGAGGCUAA